AUGUCCGCGACCAGCGGCGGUCUUCAUCGACGAACCCCAUCCAACGCAUCAUAUCGCUCCUUUCAACACAGGCCCUCCAAAGAUCUUCUAAACACUCCUGUCUCCAAAUUACAGCUCAUUUUAGCAACCUUGGGCGUACUUUUGCCUUGUGGGAUAUUAAUUUUAUGGCAACAAAUCCAAAUGGAACAGAUGAAGCAGCGGAUAUUCCGGCUGGAGGAGAGGUUAUUCAUCGACGAUGAGCAGGUCAGUCCAUUAGAAAUUUUAAAAAAAAUAAAUUUCUUUUAUUUUAAUUUUUAUUUUCGCAUAAAAAUGUUUUAUAAAAAAAUUGUGUCUCAUCUGUUUGCUCGGUUAUUUGAGAAAUUAGGGAGUUAUGUAAUCGCCCCGUUAUGAGGGAUUAACCUGUCUUCUUUAUGCGAUAAUUGCGGGGCUCCGGAAGAUUGAUGAGAUUUAUACAAAUUUUUCAGUUUUAUGCAAAUUUAUGAAUUUCCAAAAACUAUUUUUUCUCGAUGUUAUGUUAUUAGAGUUAAUUUUAGAUAGUUUUUUGUUUGUUAAAGCUGCCUCACGUCUUUACUUUUAUUAUUGCAGCCAUUUUUAUAUUAUCCAUGUCAUCAUUUCGUCAUUUUUUUAAUUUUUUGCUCAUGAUUCUUUCUAUGAAUCCCAUUUUUAACUGUUUUAUAUCCAAUUACCUCCCAUUAAGCCCAUUUUCGUUUGCAUAUCCAUCCUCAAACAUCUCUGGACAUCUGCCUUGCAUAGGUGUCAUAAUCUUGCCAGGGAUUUGUUCUUUUCUCGGACAAAAUUGUGCAGCCUCUCUUUGUCAUUAAAACAGAUUUUUUUUGUCAAAACAAAAAGGAUUAAUCGAAAAAAACAUAAAUUUUGUUGAGUCAAAAAGUGGUUUUUGUCCCAUUUUUUAGGAUUUUAGUGAGGUUAAAGAGCAAAAAGUUGGGGAGAUUUAAUGGAUAAUAUAAAAAUUUUUGGAAGGGAGAUAAAUUUUGAAGUUUAAAUAGUAUUAUUCAUGGCUUAGAAAAGAGGUCCCUCCAUUAAAUCUAUUGCGAAAUGCAAAUCAUCAAAAGGUAGUCGCCCAAUUUUCCCUGGCCCUAAAUUAGCAUCAAUCUUUGGUCCCGGGCCGAGCGCAAUGUCCAAUUUACUGGGCCGUAAAGGCGAAAUCCUUUUUCGGAAUCAAAAUUAAACCUUUUUGUUUGUUUUUCGCAUUCUUGCAUCUCUCAAUUCCCACAUGAACCCCCACCAAAAAACGAAAUGGAAUCCGAAGACACAGCGGGAGUUUAAUGUCCACUACAUGUUAAUGGAGGCAGAUCAGGGCGAAGGAGUGUGAAAAAUGGGGGAAAUAAACAACAACGUGGUGACGGAAGCGGUUGCAAAAACGAAAACAAAAAGUUGAAAAAAAGUUUGAAAAAAAAGGAAUUACAAAAAAAAAAAACAAAAAUUCUCAAAAUUUAGCUGGCAGAUUGUGUGGAGAGUGUACGCAAAUUAAUAUUAGAACUGUCUAAAACGUCUGCAAAAUUGUAAACUCAUCGAAAGAUGACCUAAAAUUUAAAAUUUUAUAUGAAAAAUCAUCAUUUUUACAAAAUUUUGAUUACAAUGUAAAAAAAAUAAUAAUUUUUCUCUGAUCUUCCCUCCUCAUAUUCCACAGUCCUUUUCCUCGGAUUUUCCAUAUCCAACCAAUCCAAUGUCUAAGAUAAUAUCUAGUUCCAAAUCCACAAUUUGGUCCCAUUUUCCCUUCUAAAAAUCCCAUUCCAGCCCUAUGCCGACCAACUAGUCCAAUUGAAUACGAGUAAUGUGACGAACCCUCGGAUACACCGGUCGAUUUUCGAUAACACGGCGGAGAAGACGCCUCAACAACAGGCCCGAUGUUAUUGUCCACCAGGUAUGUCAUUGUGUCAUCGUUUAAAAACAACCAAUUUGUGACAUCUCCUUCCAGUCUUUUUGCAAAUCUUUGGCUCAUUUUUUUGAAAAAUCAUUGCCAAAACCGCAAAAAACAUGACAGAUGACAUCUGAUUUAUGAACAAGAAGAGCUUGAAGGGAUAUUAAAGGCAUUAGAAAAUACAAUUAAUUUGAUUAUAAUGCAAAAAUAUUUAAUUCAUCUUUUCAGGUCCAAAAGGAGAGCCGGGCGAGCCAGUAAGUCGAACAACAGUCGCUGUUUUCUUUAAAUUGACCAAUAAUUUUAUUGCACAUGAUGUGAUUUCUUCGUAUUUUGUUUUAUUUGGUUUUAGGGUCCGCCGGGCAUCUGUAAACACAAUCAUCGUCGACUUCGUGAACGUCUUGUUGUUAGUUUUCAAUCUUUAUUUUUUCUUCACCUAACUCGUUGCAGAUAUAAGUUAUUUGUGUCGUGAUUUUUAGCCGUUUGAUCGUCUGAAUCGUCGGCAAUUGAAGCAUUACGGCUUCUUCUAUGCUCCGGAUGGGAAGACGAUCGAAGUGCGAGGAAUGCCUGGACCGCCUGGACCUCCGGUAUUUCAAAUUUUCGUUGGUUUCUCUCUCAAUUAUCACUGUUCUUUUCGUAUUUCGUUCUUGGGCUUGUGAUAUUGAGACUAAUCCGGUUUCGGAAGAGUUUUUAUAAUAUGCUUGAUGAUUUCAGGGUCCAAAAGGAAUUCGAGGCUACCCAGGCUUCCCAGGACCUAUUGGUUUGGAUGGGCCAAGAGGAUUACCGGUAAGAAAUUGAUUUCUUUUCAAGAUAAGAGUAAUCCGAUUUUAAAAUAAAAUGUAAAUUUGCAGGGGAUUCCCGGAGCCAAAGGAGAUCGGGGAGAACGUGGGCCAGCUGGUCCCAUUGGUCCUCCAGGCCCUAAGGGCGACUCUUCAGCACCGUUUGUCCAAAGGUUAGCUUAUGCUCAAACGAGGUCGUCAGUUCCGUAUUCGGCGGAAACAGUAGCCCCGAUUGUAGUUCAAGGGCCUCCAGGACCUCCUGGACCCGCUGGAAAAGCGGGACCUCCAGGCCCUAAGGGCGAUCGAGGAUUGCCCGGCUUUGAUGGGGAAAGUAAGGUCGGACCAAAAGGAGACCGAGGAGAAGCUGGACGACCAGGAACGCCCGGGAUGAAGGGAGAGCCGGGAGUCAAGGUAAGAAAGGCUUUUUUUAAUGCUACGUUUCGUUUACUGGUUACUUCUUACUAUUUAUAAGUUGUUCUUCAAUUUUCUGAUUGGUUUUUCUAUUUCCUUUCCUUCCAUAGGGCUCAAUGGGAUUGCCGGGAAGAGAUGGAGCCACUGGUCUUGUUGGGCCUCGCGGUUUCCCUGGAGCUAAAGGAGACCAAGGAGAUCGGGGUCAUCCCGGCCCCCCUGGCCCGGUCGGCAGUGCUCUUGCUCCGUCCCAGAUCUACGAUCACCAUCAUCAUAAUCAUCAUGCUCAUUCAACAACAGCUGUUCCUCCAACUUGUCCGCCAGGACCUCCGGGCCCCCCUGGUCCUCCAGGAGUCCCCGGAUUGAAUGGAAUUCCCGGAAUGAUCGGGCCAAUUGGACCGCCAGGAUUGACUGGACCACCCGGACUGGAAGGAAAGCCCGGAUAUCCAGGACAGAGGGGAGAAAAGGUAAGUGGUAUCGUCUCGAACUACUGUAAUGUAAAUUGUAACGUCCACUUUGAGCCUCGCUUCUAUUGCUUCGCUCUCUUGUGCUUUAUGACCCUAAAAACUUUCUUUUAGGGAGCGAAAGGUGACCGAGGAGACCGUGGGCUCCGCGGAGUCCCCGGAGAACCCGGAGUCUCGACGGUUCAAGGGACAAACGGAGGAAGCACCGUUAUUCAAGGCCCUCCCGGUCCCGCCGGACGUGAUGGGAAGGAUGGAGAGAAGGGUGAAAAAGGAGAUCCUGGAGAUGCUGGCGCACCUGGACCAAUGGGACCGAAAGGAGAACCAGGACAGCCUGGAAAGCGGGGAAGAAAGGUAAGGGAAUAUCUCUUCGUGACAAACCUUUUUGACGGUUAAUCUACUUUUGCUCUAUCAAUUUGGUUCUUUUUCAAUUUCCAAAGUUAUACAGUUUUGUGGUUGUGACCUUUCUAUCCGGUUCUGUUCUUUAGUUGUCCAAGGGAAUGUUGCGUCAUGAAGCCGAAGAAUUAUUGCCCACAUUACUUCCAAUUCUUAGAGAUGAAAUCCUGAAGAAUGUUAGUCAAGGACCACCUGGACCUAUGGUAAGACUAGUGUCAUCAUACAGAUAAGGAAUCCAAAUUUAGGGACCAAUUGGCCCACCUGGUUUAACCGGAUCCCGGGGUCCUCAGGGUCUUCCCGGGCAUUCUGGCGAGAAAGGAGACCGAGGCGAUAUUGGACCUCCGGGAUUGAUUGGCCCCCCUGGACUUCCUGGGCCGCCAGGAGAACGGAUUCAACUCGCAGGUGGUGCCACUGCCGCUGUGGCUGGCCCACCCGGGCCUCCGGGCCCUAGAGGAUCGUCGGGAUUGCCCGGACCUCCCGGCCUUCGCGGAGAGAAAGGAGACACCGGGCAUGUUGGAUUGCCCGGAAACAUGGGACUCCCUGGCCCGCCAGGUCCUCAAGGUCCAGCCGGGCGCGAUGGGAAGGAUGGAGAACCGGUAACUUUGUUUAUACCUUUUAUUUUACUUGAUAAUCCUAUCAUAUUUCAGCUAUGUUUUUUCUUUUCCUUUUCCGGUUAUAAUUUUAGUUCUUGGUAUUGUGUUGAUGAUAUAAUUCGGCCUUACAGACUUUAUGAUAUCGGAUUUUAGGGUCAAGACGCGCUGCCUGGACAAAAAGGAGAUCCUGGGUUGCCCGGGGCACCAGGACCAAUCGGACCGCCCGGAGAAAGAGGGCCCAGAGGACGACCAGGACUUCGUGGAGCUAAAGGAGAUCAAGUGAGUGGCUCUAAUAGUAUUCGAAGGCUUUUGUGUCGCUCACAAUGUAAAUGUGUUUUCAGGGAAUCCCCGGAUUGGAUGCGCCUUGUCCUACUGGCCCAGACGGUCUUCCCUUGCCAUAUUGCUCAUGGAAACCUUAUGAUGUAAGCGUCAUGGGCAAUAUAAUUGAUGAUUUUGUGGGCUAAACUAUUUUGGGAGGGGUGUGAUUUGCUGUGAAAUUUCCUUAAUUACUGACUAAUAUCUAUCCACAAAGUUAUUAACAAAUUUGCAUAUUGUGUGUUUUUCAGAAUGCCCAGAACUCUUCAGAUGGGUAAGAGAUGGUGAUGAAUAAUAUUUAUAUAUUUUAUCCCAUUUUUAUCGGUUUCCGCACUUAGAAUUUGUAGAUAGUGUGUUUGCCUUCACGAUUGUUGUGAACUCACGUUUUUUCUGCAGUUUUUUUUCACUUUCCAAAUCAAAUUUCGGGAUUUUAGGAAGAAGCUAGAAGAACAAGCCGGAAAUGA